GCUGUGACCACGGCGAUCGCGACUUUUGGCUGGGGGUUAUUUUUACUCGAGUGCUUCUCAGCGGUUGCAGUGCUAAUAAGCUUCGAUAGGCGAUCUUUGCCGGACCGACUUUAAUUCGAAAUUUUCGUGUGAAAAUAUUUAUCCGGAUCCGGUACGGUGGUUUCCGGCGUAACGUUCCGAAAUGGCCAUCGAACAACUCGGGUACAGCGUGUUUUUCAUCGCGCUGAGCUGCGCGAUCGCGGCAGUUGCCCGACGAUUGAAUGGCAAAUUGUCCAAAGAAGGCCUAGUGAGGGAACUGAUCUUUGAGGCCAUCGCCGCCGGGGAACUGUGUGCUUGUUGCUUUGAGUUGAUCAUCGUUGCCGACAACUUUGGAGUGGCCACCUAUGCGGUGUUCCUGUUCACGCUGACGAUUUGGUGGGGAUUGCAGUGGGGUAAUGCUACAGCAUGUCCCUACACCUAUAUGGAGCAGAUCGUGCAAGGCGAAGUGGACUUCAGAGAAGCUGCCUUGAAGAUUUGGGCUCAGCUGAUGGGCGGAUGCUGCGUGUAUCGUUAUGUUCAACUGUACUGGUGGCUCGAAUUGGCUGAAACCCACGAGGGCAGAGCUUUCGAAGAGUGCUCCGCUGAUUUGAAGGUGAACCUAUAUCUGGGAGCUUUCAUCGAAGGUUUGGCCACCCUGUGCUGCCGUUUGGCUUCCAAGGUGAUCUCCGAGAAGGAUGCCAAGUUUGGCUCAUUCAUUGAUUCUUUCAUUGGAACCAGUUUGGUCGUGGCAGCUUUCAACUAUUCCGGCGGAUACUUCAAUCCGGUUCUGGCCACCGCACUGAAGUGGGGUUGUGCCGGAAAUUCCGCUCUCGAGCACAUCAUCGUCUACUGGAUAGGAUCGUGCGUCGGGGCUGUGCUGUCGGUGCCACUGUUCAAAACCGCCACCUUCAAAAAUCUAUUUCUUGCCGAUAAGGUUAAAGCCGAGUAAGAAGGUAAACUAAGCUCGAAGGUGCCGUUUUGAAUGCGGU